AUGAGCUUCUCCAUCUCUUCACCGAAUGCCUCUCCUUUCGGCACUCCUGCCAACGAACGCCCCCGAGCGAAGCGAACGACAUCUCAGCUGCGUCCUGCUGUAGCGCCGUCUCCCGGUGGAUACCAACAAGGAGCACCGUCUCCCGCGGUAGUCCCAGACAGCUACUUCCCACAGCAGACCACUCCGCAACCACAACCCAACAUGAGCUACUACGCCCAGCAGCCCGGCCAGCAAGCUCCGUAUCAGCAGCAGCAGCAGCAACAGCAGCAGCAGCAACAGCAGCAGCAGCAACAGCAUGAUGGCACACAGGACGUCACGCAGCAGAUGGGCCAGAUGGGAGUCGGCGCAGGCGCACCCAACCCAGCGCGGAGGAAGAAGGAUAGACAUGCCUUCCACCAGAUCGAGCAGCCAUCUGCAGCUACACAACAGCCAUAUGGCGCUCCACCGGCAGGACCGGUCAUGAAUGGACAAGCACAGGCACAGGCACAGCCAGGCGCAGACCCGAAUGCGGCGCCGUGGCAGCAGACGACUCAGCCAUGGCAGUCGCAACAACUGCCACAACCUGGUCAGCAGCAGUUUCAGCAGCCUCAUGCUGCAGGACUUCAGCCAGCCGCCGGGAGACCGGUGGAUAUACAGCAGCAAGGCACACAGGCCCCGGGUGCGCCGAGGGUGAAUCCGGACCAGAUACCCAGUGUACCAACGAGUCGAGACAUGCCGGCUGAAUACUACAAGACUCACGUAUACCCCACUAUGGAGACCCGGGUCCCACCACCAGCUGUUACUCCUCUGGUCGCCCUCGAUCAAGGCAAUGCUUCGCCGAGACAUGCGAGACUGACACUGAACUGCAUUCCCAAUUCGCAGGAACAGCUAUCAACGACUGGAUUGCCAUUGGGUCUAGUAGUUCAACCUCUUGCGAGGCAGGCAGAUGGUGAGAACCCUAUACCUGUACUGGACUUUGGAGAUGCUGGACCACCCCGAUGCAGAAGAUGCAGGGCAUAUGUGAACCCUUUCAUGAUCUUUUCGAAUGGAGGCAACAGAAUGACAUGCAAUCUCUGUGGCCAUCCCAACGAGGUCGAUGCUGGCUACUUUGCUCCAACUGAUCCAUCCGGUAUGCGUGUCGAUCGACAAGAGAGGCCUGAGCUUAUGCUUGGUUCUUGCGAAUUCUUGGUACCAAAAGAGUACUGGUCGAAGGAGCCAGUCGGCAUGCGGUACCUUUUUCUGAUCGACGUGAGUGCGGAGAGCUGCAAUCGCGGCUUUUUGAAAGCGAUGGCGGACGGUAUACUCGCUGCACUGUACGGAGAUGAUAUUGAGUUGCCUGAGAAGAACGAGGGCGAUGAAGAGACUGAGGCCGCACCAUUGAAGCCUAGCAAAGUCCCGGCAGGUGCCAGGGUAGGCUUUGCGACAUUCGAUCGAGAAGUCCACUUCUAUAAUGUCUCUGCUGCGCUUUCGGGGCCCCAGGAGCUUGUCAUGUCGGACCUUGAGGAGCCUUUUACGCCGAUCUCGAACCAACAUCUAUUUGUGGAUGCUGCAGAAUGCAGGACGAACAUCAUCACCCUCCUGCAGCGUAUGCCGUCCAUGUUCGAAAGGAUCAAGCACGCUGAGCCUGCACUCCUACCAUCGUUGCAAGCCGCACUAUUUGCGUUGUCUGAUACUGGUGGCAAGGUAUUGUGCAGUCUUGCAAGCCUUCCGACAUACGGGCCUGGUCGCCUGACUGUUCGUGACAAGGGCAUGCAGACAGCCAGCAAUGACCACCCCGAACAAGAGAAGGUGUUGCUUAGAACAGAGAACCCAGCUUUCAAGAAGAUCCAGGCGGACAUGGUCAAAGCCGGAGUAGGCAUCGACUUCUUCCUUACCGCACCUGCUGGUGGGUACCUCGACAUUGCCACGAUUGGCCACGUCUCCGAGAAAACUGGCGGCGAGACAUUCUACUACCCGAACUGGGCUUGGCCUCGUGAUACGCUCAAGCUUGCAAAAGAGCUUAGCCAUUGCGUACAGCGCGAGCAAGGCUAUGCCGUCUUGAUGAAGGUGCGCUGCAGUAAUGGCUUGCAGAUCGCGCACUACAGCGGCAACUUUACACAACACACCUUCGGCGCCGAUCUAGAGAUGGGAUCGGUAACGGAAGACAGCUCAGUCGCAGUAACCUUCAGCUACGACGGCAAGCUCGAGACACGCAACGAUGCUCAUUUCCAGUCGGCGCUGCUUUACACGACCUCUUCGGGACAGCGACGCGUACGAUGCACAAACAUGGUCGCUACGGUUGUCGAGAAUGCGCGAGACAGUCUGCGCUUUGUGGACCAAGACGCAGUCCUUUCAAUCCUUGCCAAGGAGUCUGCAUCCAAAAUCCCGGAUCGAUCACUGGCUGAUGUCAGGCAAGCCCUACAAGACAAAGCCAUUGAUAUACUCGCAGGUUACCGCAAGCAUCAUUCGGAGUCGCACCCACCAGGCAAGCUUGUGAUGCCGGAGAAUCUUAAGGAGUUCGCCAUGCUCGUACUCGGCCUCGUGAAGUCAAGAGCUUUCAAGGCUGGCAAGGAGCCCAGCGACCGACGUGUUCAAGAGAUUCGCAUGGUCAAGUCCAUGGGUGCUGCAGAACUCAGCUUGUACCUAUACCCAAGAAUAAUCGCCAUACACAACCUUGAGCCAGGGGAAGGCUUUGCAGAUGAGAACGGUCAUCUGAAGAUGCCUCAAGGCGUACGAGCCAGCUUUGCAAUGCUUGAGGACGGCGGUGCAUACUUGGUCGAUAAUGGACAGAUGUUGAUCCUCUGGCUUCAUAGCGCGGUCAACCCGAAUCUACUGGAGGACUUGUUUGGCGAGGGAGUUGAUGCGCUCGACAAGCUGGACCCUAACCUCAAUGAGUUACCAGUUCUUGAGACACUGCUCAACGCACAGGUGCGAAACAUUCUGCUCGCACUUGAGCAAGGCGCAGGUACGGGCCGAGGCUCGAAGGGACUCUCAAUACAGCUCGCUAGGCAAGGUCUAGAUGGUGCCGAAUUUGAGUUUGCAAGAUUGUUGUACGAAGAUCGCAAUGGCGAGGCCAGUAGCUACGUGGACUGGUUGGUCCUGUUACAUCGUAGUGUCAACAUGGAGCUCUCUGGUCAGAGAUCGAAGUCUGCCGCCGACGGCAAGAACUUCACCGAUACGGUCUCGACAAUCGCAAGCAAUGUGCCAUUCUGGGGUUGA